AUGGUGCGCAAUUUACAACCGUCUUCAUCGGCGACGCCAAAGAACACAUCUAUCAGAGUGACGUCGGCGUCUUCAAAAAUGGGUCGUACAACCUCAUUAAUUGUUUCUGCAUCCUCGACAGGGUCGAACUCUUCAAAAACUAUUUCCAGAGCCUCGAUUUUAGUUUCUGCAAACUCCACAGGAAUUCCCCUAACCUCAACUGGAUUCCGUCCAACUUUGAUAGCCAGGCAGACUUUUUCCAACUCGUUACAGACCAUUCUGGUAGCCCGACACACUGUUACUAGGUCUACAUCCUUGCAGUCGAGUUUAGUUUCUGCCAACACGACAGAGUCAGCCUCUUCAAAAAUAAUUCACACAACCACGAUAAUAGCUUCUGUAACCUGGACAGUAAUACGUUCAACCUCCAUGGUGAUUCGUCCACCCACAAUACCUACACGCAGACUCAAACUCUCUUUUACUCGGUCUAUAGUAUCGCUGCCGUCUGCAAAUCAUCCAGCCUCGAAAGUGAAUCGUCCAUCCUCGAUAGAUACGCGGAUUACAUCCAGCACAUUACAGACCAGUUUCAUAUUCCACAUUAUUUCUCGGUCCAGAGUCUUGCACCAAUCGACAUUUGUUUUGCCUUCAAGUGUAAGUAUACUACUAUACUUUAUCUAAAGGCAGCUUUUCUCAAUUCACCCCUCAGAACUUUCCAGGUUCAUCAAUAAGUUUCCAAGGCUGUCCUCAGACUUUUCUACUGGUUAAAUUCCUCAAACUUUCUUAAGAGGUUUUUUUAAAGUCAAAGAUUUGAGGUCAUCCUUAAACUUCUUCAGAUGAGGGAAUCACGUCCAACUCCAUCACUUGAUAAAGAUUCCAUGAUGGAAUCGAAAGCUUGUGUAUGCUUAUAAGUUUUUAACUCGAGAUUUCAGACCUCUUUGCUUUAAAUAUCAUUGCCAGGAUUAAGUAACUCUCUCUUCGCUAAUAUUCCAUCAGGGAAAUUCCUAUAUUGAUAAAAAUGAGAUUUCUUCUGAUUCACCUGAGUAGAAAACGAUCUAACCCAACUCACUCCAAAUGGCAGCCAAAGAAAAAACUUACCCCCCAAAAAAUAAUAAUUAAAAAAAAAAUGCUUUUUAUAAAAACCUAACAAAUAAAUAGUACUAAUGCAAGUGUUUUGUCUAAGAGGUUUUAAUUUGAUGGUAACACCAUUCGGAUAACACAAACGAAACAAAUAGUCUGGCCAUAAUUUGGUCUGGCGCCAUAACUUGGCGUGAAGUGUAGCUAACCACCCCGUUGAUGUACAAUUGUGAAGAUACCCACUGACAAUUUGUCUCCCAAAUGCUCGCUAAACAAGAGUGUAAAUUCUAGCCUACGAAUGAGAGGUUAUGGAAGGUUUUGGACAUCAUAACCAUUUACCAACUAGUUUUUAGUUUUCUGAUUUAAGAAAAGAGAAAAUAAUCAAAUUUGCUUCGUUGGCAUAAAAUGUAAGUGUAUAUCCAAUGAACACUAAGUUACUUGUGGCACAUUAUAAACUUAUACUAAGACUAGCCUAGUUUAGAGUAAACAGAGACCCUUUUUUUUUCAGAGAAAACCUAGGACCUUCUAGCUAGGUUAUAUAUUUUUUUCGCCUUUAGGUUCAUUUACAUCCCAGCCCAAAGGUGGAGGGCGAUACAAAAGGCAGGUCAUCAUCUCUGGGUUUUAUUACAGGCAUCUCAAUAUCCAUUUUUCUAGCAGUUGUGAUCAUUGGGAUCAUAGGGCUCGUAUUUCAUCUCCGCUGCUAUACAGGGUAAGAAUUUGUUACAUUUAUUCCAGUGAUAUAUAUUUUCCUAUUCUAUUAUAUCGUAAGGUUCCUAAAGUAGCGCCCUUGUGGAUUUAGCGUGGAUUAAGCCAAUUUGUGAGAUAAUUUGUAGUAUGGAAAGGUAAAUAUGUCUAUUUAUUUGGGAUUUUUGAGCUAUGGAGACCACAAUUACUAACACUCCAUAAUUCAGACACCCUCAGCGUUGUUGGAAGGGGUCUUUUCAUUUGAAGAUUUUUGGGUGGUCAUAAUUUAUUAGUUCCCUGCCUUCAGUACGGGUGAUGUUGUUGAAUGAAAGUUUACCGUCAGUCAGGGAUCUCUGGGAGAAAAUGGAGGACCGCCUUUCUCAAAAUAACAAUCUCUUUCUAGUCUUUACAAGUUUCUCGAAGCGCAAGUUAGGAAUCUAAAUUCGUGCUAAAUCGAGCUCAUUUUAUUUUCGUAGAAGGUGGUACAAUGAAGAGAAGGAUCAUCAGGUAAGGUGAUUAUAGUCCUACGCUAUAAACAAAAAACAUUAAAACAAACGUCGAUAAUCACUGUCUAUAUAUUAUCCCAAAGACGUCUCCCUGUGAUUAAUUAUCAUCUUCUUAGUACAUGACCCUGGACAACAUGUGACCAUGGUGGAUUUUGAUAUCUUUGGAUUUCUAAUACCAUUGGUCAACUUGUUGUAUACAAACACUAGCAUCCCUACUGGAGAAAGUAGUUAUAUAUCAAUAGGCGUUUUCACGCUCUUUACAGAAAUAGGCGGGAAAGACAAGUUACUGCCUUAUGGAUUCCGUUGAUCCAAAAGUCCAGUACUCUCUGAUCAAGGAGGUGCAAGUCAAGACUGAAUCUGUAAAUAUGAAUCUGUAAAUAAACCGCCUUUUAUUUGCCUGUUUUACAGAAUACCGUUAUGAUGAGCGUACAUAGAAACUUAGCAUUCCGAGAGGAUGACGAAAAUGAGUACAAUUCGCUUACUAUCAGAGCAAAUGGAAUGCGUAAGUAGACACAUUAAGGGUUGAAUGUGUAAUUAGUUUGCGCAAUUAUAAAUAACCUCAUCAAAAUCAGAAAAUCAACUUUGGAGCUGGGUCAAUUAAUUACACUUCCAGCACUUUUGCUUUUGUUGCAUCUAGAAUCUGGGAAACCAUUCCCUCUGAAUUUUUUUGAAAAGAAUACCUUAUUUAUAACCACUUUUAUAACGAAUACAAACUUUAUCUUCCAAAAACCCAGCCCCCCUCCCCCCAAAAACCAUUUAAUUUCUCUGCCCGCUAAUAAUAAUCAUAUCUAUAAUCUAUCAUUUUCAAUUGUUUUUAUCUAAAAUUGUUAAGUACGACUGUUGAACCUUUUCAUUUUCCUUUCUCCGUUACUUGUAGUUUUAAGUAAAUAUCUACGCCAGUUGCACGAGCUAGUGAACAGAUCGAAAGACUACUAAGCUUCUCUGAUCGCUGCCCACAUUUUACGUUUCAUUCUUUACGCAACUUGCUUUUCUGUUCUUGUAAUACAUUGUAAUGUAUGAAGUAACAUUUCAAUACUACAAAAAAUUAUAAAUCUGUAUCUGAAUCUGCGUCUUAUGAUAGCAAUUGCUAUAUGCGAUUGGGGCAUGACUGCGUCAUUGUUAGUAGAUAAUAUAUUCAAAGCAAAGUGAAGUCAUCUUUAGUCAAAGUCAAAGAAAUGCCAAAUGUUAAUUGGACAAUCUAAAUACAACGAUCAUCUUAACAACAAGCAUUAAUGAUUUUUCCCCAGAGCGUUACGCAUCUAUUUAUAGCAGGCCAUGUAGUCCGGUUGCAUGUGAGGAUAUUGGCGAAAGUCACAUUUACGAGACAAUAGAUGAUCCCGAAGAGGAAAAUGUACUCAGCUCUAAAGAACCUGUUCCCGAAAAGGAGAUACCGCUGGAAAGAUUUGAAAAGCCGGUCAGUAGCAAUUUAGAGGCAGAAUGCGACGUUUUUUAUCAGCUUCAUCAGAAAGAUGUGCAAAGUUCUUUCCACGAUGGCGCUGUUUCUUCAGGGGGACAGACCCUCGUAGAGGGACAUAAGACAAGCAAAACUUCUUAUAUGGAGCCAGAGUAUCACGUCUUAGAGGAGAAUGGUCUUGAAAAUAUCAGGAACCCAUGUGAUUGUCACGAUUAUGGAGCCACCUUAACAGGCAAAAAUUCCACAUCGGGAGGAUCUGCCACGAAGCCUCUCCAUGAAGGUCAUGAACGAGUGUGCCCUACGUCGGAACUAGCUAAUCGCCAGGAUGUAGUUGGAUUCCAGGUGCCUGCUACCCAUUUAUUACAAGCAGAAUACAAAGACCCAAAGGAGCUUCACGAACACGAAGAGAUUUUAGCGCGUCAUAGUUCUCUUUCGUCGGGAGAAAAGUCCAGCGGUGAGCUUAAUGAGGCUUUUAAUUGUAACAAGAAACCAGCUUACAAAGUUUUGGAAGGACCGUGUACUCGGAUAUCAGUGAACCCUCGUGAACCAGUUUUCCCCAAAAGGAGCCAAACAGCUAGUUAA